GACCGCUACGUUCGCGUCUGUGCGCCAAAAUCGUCCGAUUUCCGCAAACGUCGUCGCUACUUGUCGUCGAAUGGUCUGUGUCAUCGAAACGAUUGUUGGUACUACACCAGUGAAACGCAACUUCCUCAACGGUGUUAUGGUAAAAAUUGGGAUGGAGGUGCGGCAGGUGUGGGGCGCGUGCGCAGGCGUGGGCUCGCACUGGGCGCUGGGCGUGCUGCUGCUGCUGGGGCUGGCCGCCGAGGACUGGAGCGGGCCCGCCGCGCUGCUCUCGCUCGUGAUCGCCUUCACCGUCGCCCUGCUCACCGGUAGGUCCACUGCACGCCUGCGUCGCCUCUGCGACUCAUUCACGGUGGUUGCUGAACUCCUCCUGUUCGAAAUGAUUCGUGUUUUGUGUAGACAUCUAUAAGCCCACACUGAAAGCCUUACGUAUUUAUACAAGUGUUUAAU